UUUAGUGAAUUCAUAUUUAAUGUUGGAUUAGUGAGUAUCAUCUGUGAUUAUGUGUGGUGGGAAAUGAGAUUUGGCAGUUAAACUGUUGUUAUAUUCAUUUGUUUACUGAAUGAACUGACAUGACGUGCAAAGGUUGGAGAAGCAAGUAUGAUGUGGAAAGUGAGAGCCGCAGCCCAAAGAUGAAUGGGAACUUGUGUCCAGAGAGACGUAGGAGGGGUCGGAUGAAGAAACAGUGUGGCUAUCUGCAGGAGUGGCUUGACAAAUCUUGGGAAUUCCAGCAGGAGCCCAGCGCAGCAUACACACUUGAAGAUGAGCCUGGUUUUCAAUCUGCAUCAUUUUGGCCACACAACCCCAGGCCUGUGUUUGAUCGAAGACUGUUUCCGACUGCAUCAGAACCAACCAUGUGUCACUACUCUGUGCCUGUAGGCUACUCACUGGAGCCUGUUUCUUUGCCUGUGUAUGCAGCUUAUGUACCCAUGCCUUCUGAACCUGCAUCUUCUUUGAGAAGACGUAGCAGUAGACCAGUGGCUCAAACUAAUGGACCACAAGGAAACUAUACAUCUACCCCACCUAUCUCAAAAGGAAAUUGGCAGGGUUAUAAGGAUACAAGACGAGCUUCAUCAAGAUUGCAGCCUGGUGUAGAUUCUGGCACCAAUGAUGUGUUCACAAGUUUGCCACCUGCAGGAAUAUCACAUGCACCUCACGCCACCCACCGGAGGUUCAGUGACCCGGGUGUGAGAAGGUCGCCAUCUCCUUUCUGCAGUGGUGACAGUUCUGACACUGGCGACACGUGUAGUCGUGCUAGCACUCCAGUGUCAAAUGCUCUGGUGCUGAGUCUUGCGGUGCAAGUCAAUGCACUCCAGGACAGCAACAAACAGCUGUACCAGGAAUUGCGAGAGACAAAGGCGGAGCUCGAAACACUCAAACAGUCGUUGCGUCAGGUUCCCCCUGAGUACGAGCCUGGAAUGCUGUCAGAUUUAAUACGAGAGAUACGCGACGCAGCGAGAGUACGUGAGGAAGUUCUGCUAUCCAGAGUGUGUAGCAUGUUGGAAGCUGCAGGGAACAUGAACCCGGCUAAUCAUUUGUUUGGUCUGAAAGACAAUCUUGUAGAGAAGUUCCCUGUUGCUUCCUCAAAGGUGGAUGGGAUCAACGAGCAAUUUCAGCGCCUUCAAAUACAAAGGGAGAAGAGAAAGCCAGAUAUUGAUCAGAUAGAUGGAACCACAGAUACAAAAGCCGAGCAGUUUUGUGCCUUGGAGCUGGAGAACCUGCGGCUGAGGCGUAGCCUACAGGAGGCACUGGCAAGGAACAAGGACAAGGAGUCCCAAGCUCAGCAGUUGGAGCACUUGGUGGAUGUAUUGAGACGGAAGAUCAGCGGUGCCUCAGUAGAUGAGAAGCCUGCAAGCUCAGAGCAGAGCCCCAGCGAAUCCCUGGGUGAUCAUUUUAAAAUGGAAUCAAUAUUCGUCACGCUAAUACUGGAUUUCAUGGGGCCACCACAUAGUGGACCGUGGUCGG